AUGAAAGCUUUAGUGAUUGUGUCAACGCUCGCUACUGUACUCGUUGCAGAUAACAGUAACGGAUGCGACAAGCCACUUCCUGACGGUGUCCUUCCAGGAGAAUCUACAGGCCUAACUAUUAACAGCGAAAGUGGCGUCACACCUCGUGGAUACCGCCUGCAUAUUCCCACAUCGUAUGAGAAGAACACUCCUUCCCCACUGAUAUUAUCAUUCCAUGGCCGAGGCAAAACUGCCGAAUAUCAGGAAGCUUUGAGUCAAUUCUCCAACACAAGCUAUGGAUUUGAGGGCAUUGCGGUAUAUCCUGAGGGAGUGCCGAAUAAAAAGGGAACCCAGCAAUUCCAGGGCGAUCCUGAUGCUCCUAAAUCCAUUGACGAUGUAGCAUUUACCUUGGAGCUGCUCGACCACCUUGAAACGACAUACUGUAUCGAUACUUCACGCAUCUAUGCAACUGGAAAAUCAAAUGGAGGCGGCUUUACUGGCAUUCUCGCAUGUGACACUGAGGCAACCAAGCGUAUCGCAGCUUUUGCUCCGGUAUCCGGUGCCUUUUACCUCGAUGCAAAUCAGCAACCGCCGCCGUGCAACCCUAGUCGUAAGCCCGUACCGCUGAUGGAGUUCCAUGGCUAUCGAGAUACUACAAUACCAUAUGAGGGCGGCAUCAACACGCGUGGUAACGCAAACAGUUCGGAUGUUGUCACAUACGUGAACGACUGGGCGCAGCGCAAUGGAUACGAUACACGUGUCAAUACGACUACGUACCUGUGCGAUGGAGAGAGAAAGGUGACGAGGCAUAGCUGGGACGAUGUGGUCGUGCACUACAACUAUACUAACAUCGGGCAUGAUUGGCCCAGCUCCUUUCCAAAUGGCGAUACAAAUGACUUGUUGACGUGUGAGGAAGCGGGGGCAACAUCUAUUGUCCUCGAAUGGUUCAAAAAGUGGAAAAUUUGA